UUGUGUGAAGAAAAUUAUAAGAAGCACGUAUAAAACUUAAUAGCAACAUAAGCAGAGGAAAAUGGCGUCCGCCGAGGAUUUACUGGCAGACCUUCCGAUUGCGGCUAGUGCGUUACAAAUAUUCGAAGAGUGUGGAGUAGACACAACCGCCCUUAAUUCAUGGAUAAAAGAUCAAAUAUACGAAGCUCUAUCGCAGUCAGACCCUGAUUGGAAUAUUGAUGUGAUUUGGGGAUGGAUUUCAAGCUGGCGGAGUCGUGAUGAUCUGGACGGUGCGAUGAUUAUCUACGAAAAAAGCAGUAAUCUGUUGUCAGACGAGAACCCGGAAGACGAAAAUAUUCAUGAGUCACCGGAAGACAAAAUUGAACCAGGGGAAAUAGUUUAUGUUUAUUGCCUUCACCAGCAGGCCUUGGCCCCAAUGGUGGUUUCUUAAACUAAUUACAUUUUAAAAUUGCCAACAUUUUCGCUUUUAUCGCAUUCCGCGUCCGGUUGAAGUCAAAGGCCGUCGCCACACUGUUAAAAAUUCGCUGGAGUCCGGUAACAGCGCUCUGGCAACCAUAGUUGGUUCUUCUGAACGGAACUCGCAGAAGAGAGUUAAAGAGGUUAGUAAUAUUACAAUAGAAUUCCUUCCCAUUUGUCCGGCUGGAAAUGUUAAUGCAUUUUACCUACAAGACAAACUGAAUGAUACCCAAAACACGGAAGAACAGACCGAUGCUCAAAACGUUGCUCACAUCGAGUCCACGAUAGACGAUACGAUUUACACGCCGGAAGCCCAACCAAGAACACAUCCCGACUCUGACAGAACGAUCCUACCGGAAAACAAAGCGAGGGCCCAUAGCGAAGAGCCAGAAUCUUUUCUAGACAGCAAAGACGAAACGAGGAACAUACGAUACU